AUGGCCUCCGAGACCCCCUCUGAACGGCCUCUUCUCAGAGGUGGAGUGAAAAGAGGAGCCAGGCAGCUUCCUCAGGUAGGGUAAGAGCAACGGGAGCAGGGAGGAGGGAAGAGGCACAGAUGGGACUGUGAGGAGAACCUGAGCUUACAGGGUUAAACAGCUCAGAGUGUACGCCCUGCCUACUGUUGGGAGGGGGGAACUUCUGCGUCAUAUCCGAGAGCCUCCAGCCUUUGUUCUUUCUCUACUUUCGCUUUUGAGGAGAGUGGAUGUGUUUUCACGAUGCUGUUCGCUGUGAUAGAUAAUGGAUAGUCUGCUGUAAAUAAAAAACUGCUUCUAGCUGCUAAUAUCCUGAGUGGACUUUAUUUAAGCACACUCAAGAAUGCACUGGAGUUUUGCAGCUUUCUCUUACCGCUGCUGAUCUCUGCGUGUUGCUCAGAGCCUUUGGAAUGUGGCCUUUGAAGUCCGGAGGCCUGGCCAGUAGCUACGCAGCCGAAGCGGGCUGGACGCCAGGAUUUAUCUGAGCAAUAAAUCUUCUUCAGAGGGACAACUCAGCCUUCUUCUGUGUUGAGUGGGGAUGAUGAGGAUCUAAGAGAAGCUCUGUUGUUGUUUUCUUCUUCUUCUUCCAGGCCCUUUUGACCUUUGAGGAUGUUGCUGUCUUUUUCACGGAGGAGGAGUGGGCUCUGCUGGAUCCAGGCCAAAGAGCUCUGCACAAGGAAGUCAUGGAGGAGAAUUAUGAGAUGGUGGCCUCUCUAGGUAAGGGCAGAUUUUUAUUCCUCCUGGCUGUUAGAUGUUGAAGGUGUGAAUCUCCUGUUUGAGCCAUUUGUUCAUGUCAUGUCUUUGGUGACCACUCAUAGAAGAGUAAGAUUCUCUUCCAUGAACAUGAUCUUAAUGGUGUGUCCGUAAGUGAGUCCAAUUCUGGAUCCGCACAUCGUUCCGCAGUGGGGACAUAGGUUUCCGGUCAGGAAUUAAUCACUGCGAGAGUUUGCCAAACAUGCUUUCCUCUUAGCUUGUUUCUCCCUUUUGGCCUGAGUUUGUGUUUCUUCAAAGUCCAUUACACCUUUGGUAAAGGGCGGGUGGCACUGUGGGUUAAACCACAGAGCCUAGGACUUGCCGAUCAGACGGUCGGCGGUUCGAAUCCCCUCAACGGGGUGAGCUCCCGUUGCUCGGUCCCUGCUCCUGCCAACCUAGCAGUUCGAAAGGAUGUCAAAGUGCAAGUAGAAGGUAAACGGCGUUUCCAUGUGCUGCUCUGGUUCGCCAGAAGCGACUUAGUCAUGCUGGUCACAUGACCCAGAAGCUGUACGCCGGCUCCCUCGGCCAAUAAAGCGAGAUGAGCGCCGCAGCCCCAGAGUCGGCCACAACUGGACCUAACGGUCAGGGGUCCAUUUACCUUUACCUUUAUUCUCGAAUUGAAGCGCUCGCAGGCCAAUGUUUCCCAAUUUUAUGAGAUUAUACUGCAUUUUAAAAAUUUUCCCUUGAGAGCGUCUUGAAACGUCUUUUGUUGUCCUCCAUUAUUUCUCUUUCCAUUCUUAAAUUAGGAAUUGAGUGGUUUCUUUUGAAGGCAAUAAUCAGGCAUCCGAACAACAUGACCAGCCCAAUGAAGUUGAUGUUGAAGAUUGUAGUUUAUAGCAACUCUGUACUUUUGUCAGUAGGUAACUCUUCGUAAGCUCAUAUUGUGGUAUGGAUUUCCCUCCAAAACCUAUGUAAAAUCUACAAAGAGGCUCACAGGGUAAUAAUGGUGGCAUGAGGUUUGCUGGUCAGUGUUGUUUAUCAACUUUUAAUGGGCCACCAGAUACUUUGCUGUCUUUGUUUCACAAGAUUAAUAUUUUUGAAAAAUUUUACAGUCACAUAUGACAUAAACAGCUCUUCUGAUUUUCUUAUUCCACAUAGCAGAGACUCUGAUACGCAAGUCUGAGCUCAUCUCCUCGCUUGGAACAGAAAAAUACAGGGAUGUUGUCCUGGACCAAGUGAGAGGUACAUACUUCCACUUUGCUGUGAGGCUGUACCAUUGUAUGUCUCCUUUCAGGGUGUACAAAUAUAAAAGAAAGCCCUUUUGGAUCAGAACGAGGGCCCAUCUUUCCCAGCAUCCUGGUGCAGGUUUAGGCGAUGUGUACAGUUGGUUGGAAUGUAUCAGUGAGAUAUUACAGAUCAUGGAGGAAGGAGAAAACUGAAUACAGAGGCAUAGCAUUUUCACAGGAGGGGGGAAGAUGUGUCCCUCCAGAGGUUGCUGUACUACAACUCCCAUCAUCCCUGGUCAUUGGCCAUCUUUGCUUGGGUUGAGGGUACUUAGAGUCCAACCAAAUCUGGAGGGCCAUAGAUGCCUCAUCUCAGCACAGAAGGUUCUCUUGGUGCUCAGUGUUACAUGCGAGUUGAAGGUAGAACUGGAUACUAAGGGUUCUUGAAAUUAUUUUCAGAUUUCCUUUCCUUUCCGAAAACUUUAGUACAUAGAAGAGGGAAGGAUGCUGGAGGUGUUAAGUUAAGAGAAGGUGCUGAUUGGUCUUGCUGUGUGUUAAGUUCUCUGGUUCUCUUCCUUGAAUACCUAACAAUAUUUCUUUAUCCCCCACUUUAAACCAGGUGAUGAAGAAGGCAAUCAGAAUUUUGAGGGGCCAUCUGUAAAGUACUUCAGCAUGAGUGAACACCUUAGCACACAACUACAAACUAACACAGGGGAGAAACACUUUAAAUGCAUGGAGAGUGGAAAGAGCUUCAGUAAAAAUGGAAACUUCACUAGACAUCAACGAAUUCACACAGGGGAUAAACCAUUUAAAUGCAUGGAGUGUGGGAAAAGUUUUGCUUAUAGUAGCAACCUUAGAACUCAUCAGCUAAUUCACACAGGGGAAAAACCAUAUAAAUGUAUAAAGUGUGGAAAGAGCUUCAGGCAGUGUUCACACCUUACUGUACAUCUACGAACUCACACACGGGAGAAACCUUUUAAAUGUAUGGAGUGUGGAAAGAGCUUUAGGGAUAGGGAAAUACUUACUGUACAUCAACGAAUUCACACUGGGGAGAAACCAUUUAGAUGCAAGGGUUGUGGGAAGGGUUUCAGUGAAGGUAGAAAACUUACAAUACAUCAACAAACUCACACAGGGGAGAAACCAUUUAGAUGUUUGGAGUGUGGAAAGAGCUUCAGUCGGAGUGCAAGCCUUACUAGACAUCAACGAACUCACACAGGGGAGAAACCAUAUAAAUGUAUGGAGUGUGGGAAGAGCUUCAGUGAAGGUGGAAAAUUUACUAGACAUCAACGAAUUCACACUGGGGAGAAACCAUUUAAAUGUAUGGAGUGUGGGAAGAGCUUCAGUCAGUGUUCAUACCUUAAUAUACAUCAACGUAUUCACACAGGGGAGAAACCAUAUAAAUGUAUGGAAUGUGGGAAGAGCUUCAGUGAAAAUAGAAACCUUACCUUACACCAACGAAUUCACACUGGGGAGAAACCAUUUAGAUGUAUGGAUUGUGGGAAGAGCUUCCGUCAUGGUCCAUACCUUACUGUACACCAACGUAUUCACAAAGGGGAGAAACCUUUUAAAUGUCUGGAGUGCGGAAAGAGCUUCAGUACAAAUGGAAACUUUACUAGACAUCAAGGAAUUCACAAAGGGGAAAAACCAUUUAAAUGUCUGGAUUGCGGAAUGAGCUUCACUGAGAAUGGAUCUCUUACUAGACAUCAACGAAUUCACACAGGGGAGAAACCAUUUAGAUGUAUGGAGUGUGGAAAGAGCUUCAUUCAGUGUUCACACCUUAGUAGACAUCAACGAACUCACACAGGUGAGAAACCAUAUAAAUGUAUGGAGUGUGGAAAGAGCUUCAUGUGUAGUUGGCAACUCAAUGCGCACCAUCAAAGUCACACCGGGGAGAAACCAUUUAAUUGUAAGGAUUGUGGGAAGGGUUUCAGUCAUUGUAUAAAACUUACAAUACAUCAACGAUUUCACACAGGGGAAAAACCAUUUAAAUGUCUGGAUUGCGGAAUGAGCUUCACUGAGAAUGGAUCUCUUGCGAGACAUCAACGAAUUCACAAAGGGGAGAAACCAUUUAGAUGUAUGGAGUGUGGAAAGAGCUUCAUUCAGAGUUCACACCUUAGUAGACACCAACGAACUCACACAGGGGAGAAACCAUAUAAAUGUAUGGAGUGUGGGAAGGGUUUCAGUCAGAGUGGAUCUCUUAGAAAACAUCAAAAAUCUCACAGAGAAGCAAUUGCUUAA